AAUCUGCUCUCUCUCUUUACUAUACUUUCCCUCCUCGCGCACUCAAACAGCACUUUCCCCUUUUUGACCAGAUAUAUUUUCAUUUCCCCAAAUGAAAUGGGAAAUGGAGAUAGACGAGAUUGAAGCCGUGCUCGAGAAAAUAUGGGAUUUGCACGACAAGCUCAGCGACGCCAUCCACUCCAUCUCUCGAGCUCAUUUCCUCAAUUCUAUUAAGAACCCCACCCGGAGACCCGAUGCUUUUUCUGUCAACCGGAAGAAGAAAUCCCCUGACGAUGAUCCGGAUAACAAAAUCGGGUCGGGCUUUGUCUUCGUCAAGGAGUUCCGGAUCGACGACGAUGAAGUGGCGGUUCUCGAGGCCAAGAGCUUGUACUCUAUUCGGACUGCCCUCGAGAAUCUCGAAGACCAGCUUGAGUUCUUCCAUACUGUACAAACUCAACAGAAGGCAGAGAGAGAUGCAGCGGUAGCCCGUCUUGAACAAAGUCGUAUUAUCCUUGCAAUGAGGCUGGCUGAUCAUCAAGGAAAGAAAUACAAAGUCAUUGAAGAAGCGCAAGCUUUGGUAGGUGAUGUGCGUGAUGCAAGCCCUUUUGUUGCACCUGAACAUCUAUAUGGCUCAACACCAUAUCCUUCCAAUGAAAAGUUUGUGCCAGAGAAAGGGAAAAGGUCAAACGCAGUUGUCAAUUUCCUUCUUUCGAGCUAUGCUUUUGUUACAAAGUCCCUUAAAUUGGAUCAAACAGUUGGGAUGGUGGGGAAUGCUGCUUUGCUUGCUAUAAGCAUGCUUGCAUUUUUACAUCUUAAUCAAAUCGGUCACAAGAUGCAAGAUCCUCCAACUUUUGACAGAGAGGGAAGAAAGUUCUCUCAGUCGCGUGGUUCAUCAUCUGGUGAUGCUUUAACACAGUUGGAUGUCACGUUGGCUAGGGGUUGAGCUGUUGCAGACCUUGAGUUCUGAAAAUAAUGAAUUGUUUGCUGCUAUGAUGAAGAAGAGGAGAUCCAUAAUGUGCAUCUCCUCACCUUUUGGUAGAUUAGGUUAUUAUGUGUGAGUUCUGUUAGCCUUACUUAGGUCAGUUCAAUAUGUUUUUGCAGCUUUCACCUUCAUGCUCUCAUAUCUUGUGAGGAAAGAGGAUUUUAGUUUUUAACUUGAGACUUCAAAUAUUUGGCUGUGUAUAGUGAAGAUUUUAGGUUUAUUGUUUUGAA